GCAGCGGCAGCGGCGGCAGAGUCCAUGAUGGCUGAGAGCGCCUAAAUGAGUGAGCGGAGCAGCCGGUUCUUCGCGGCUCCCAGGCGCCCUCUCCCCUGCCAGCAGCAGCAGCAGCAGCCGCGGCAUCUUGGGCGAUUCUGCCAGGCGAUUGAUUCUCCCGGACCUUGCCAGCACCUCGGUGGGGUCUCCAGCUGAACAUCUGUAAUCUACCAUGAAGAGGAUGCAUCUUCUCUGUGACCGCCUUUGGGCCUGGGUUCUCCUUAUGAGCACACUAACUGGACAAAGCUAUGGACAGUCAACUUCCUUGCAAGAUGAAAUUAAGGACAACACAACAAUAUUCACUCGAAUUCUGGACCGCUUGCUUGAUGGUUAUGAUAACCGCCUGAGACCCGGAUUGGGAGAGCGUGUAACUGCAGUGAAGACCGACAUCUUUGUCACCAGCUUUGGGCCUGUUUCAGACCAUGAUAUGGAAUACACAAUAGAUGUAUUUUUCCGGCAAAGCUGGAGGGAUGAAAGACUGAAGUUCAAAGGACCCAUGCAAGUCCUCCGACUUAAUAAUUUAAUGGCCAGCAAAAUAUGGACACCUGAUACUUUUUUCCACAAUGGAAAGAAAUCAGUAGCUCACAACAUGACUAUGCCUAACAAACUAUUGCGGAUUACAGAAGAUGGGACACUGCUCUAUACAAUGAGACUCACAGUGAGAGCAGAAUGUCCAAUGCAUUUAGAAGACUUUCCCAUGGAUGCACAUGCUUGCCCUUUGAAAUUUGGAAGCUAUGCUUAUACGAAAUCAGAGGUGAUGUACGAAUGGACACGGGAACCAGCAAGGUCUGUUGUAGUAGCUGAAGAUGGCUCUCGGUUGAAUCAAUAUGAUCUCAUGGGACAAACCGUAGAUUCUGGAAUUGUGCAGUCCAGUACAGGAGAGUAUGUUGUGAUGAUGACCCAUUUCCAUUUGAAGAGAAAGAUUGGUUACUUUGUCAUUCAAACAUACUUGCCGUGCAUUAUGACAGUGAUUCUAUCCCAGGUAUCCUUUUGGCUCAACAGAGAAUCCGUUCCAGCAAGAACUGUGUUUGGAGUGACAACUGUGCUGACAAUGACCACCCUGAGCAUCAGUGCACGGAAUUCUCUCCCCAAAGUGGCAUACGCCACUGCUAUGGAUUGGUUCAUAGCCGUGUGUUAUGCGUUUGUUUUCUCGGCACUGAUUGAAUUUGCAACAGUGAACUACUUUACCAAGAGAGGCUAUGCAUGGGAUGGCAAGAGUGUUGUUCCUGAAAAGCCAAAGAAAGUAAAGGAUCCUCUGAUUAUGAAAAACAACUCUUUCACAGCACCAGCGACAGCAACUAGCUUCACCGCUAAUAUCGCAAGGGACCCUGGACUAGCUACCAUUGCUAAAAGCGCAACAAUAGAGCCAAAAGAUGUCAAAGCUGACGCAAAACCUCCAGAACCCAAGAAAACUUUUAACAGCGUCAGCAAAAUUGACCGACUAUCAAGAAUAGCAUUUCCAUUGCUUUUUGGGAUUUUUAAUUUAGUGUAUUGGGCUACCUAUUUAAAUAGAGAGCCCCAGCUUAAAGACCAAAACCCUCCUCCUCACUAACCCCAUUAACCAUAUAUAUAGUUUGUUCAGUCUCUUUUGCACUGGGGAUUGUCUUAUUAAUAUUAUUAUUUUUGGUUUUAAACACACAGCAAUUCCCAUUUGCUUCAUUGCCUCUGUCUUAAAAAGAAAUUGAGAUUUCCUUAUUUUAUGAAGUAAAAGUAUAUUAUAUAUAUAUAUAAAUAUAUAAUAGAAAAGAUAUUAAUUCUGUACUCUAGGGCUGUAACAAUGUGAUGUAGACACCUGAUUCUGAACCGUGAAUCUGAACAAGAGAGGGAAAUGUAAGAAAUCCAAAUCACUUGUAGAUAGCCUAUUGCUGAAUGUUCCCAUAACAGAUGCUGUACAUGUC